CAGUGUUCGACUGUGAGCUACCAGAGCGCACACUGAAGAAAUUUCCAAAUAAUUAUGAUGGGUAGAGGUCAAGGAUCGAUGCUUGCCGGCCUCCUGCUGCUGCUGUGCGCCUGCACGGCCCCGGCUGCGGCCAAUCUGAAUAUGAGCGCCCUUUGCCUGACGGUGCCCGAUGGCAUGUUCGUGUCCAGCCAGAUGGAUUGCUCGAGCUACUACCAUUGCCAGGGCGCGACAGCCAGCUUGAUGAGCUGCUCCAAUGGGCAGUACUUCAACAAGGACACGCAGACGUGUGUGGCCUCCUCGCAGAGCACCUGCGCCAGCAAGAGCCAUCCCUGUCUGGGCAAGACGGUGGGCAGCUUCCAGCCGGACAGCAGCUCCUGCGGCGGCUACUGGUACUGCGGUGACUCGGGCGCCAUAUACGGCAGCUGCCCCACCGGCGAGAACUUCAAUCCCACCACCAUGGCCUGUGUCUAUGCCUACCAGUACGCCUGCUCGCAGUCGGUCGUGGACAGCAGCAGCGGCGCCAGUCCCGGCGUGGAGGUGGCCCUCAAUCUGUGCUCCCUCAUCGAGAAUGGCUUCUACUUUGGCAGCGCCUCGGACUGCAGUGGCUGGAACUAUUGCCAGGACAAUGUGCUGCACAGCGGCACCUGCCAGAACGGCUUGGUCUUCAAUGUGAAUGGCAAGAGCUGCGGCUACAGAAGUCCCAGCUCCUGCGCCCAGGUGACCAACGAUCCCUCGUUGACCGGCGCUGUGGCCCCAACGACAUGCACCACGAGUGGCACCAUGAAGAACGCCACAGCGUGCAACCAGUACUAUCUCUGCACCGGCAGCAGCUACACCCUGAUGACCUGUGGCUCCGGCUUGUACUUUGACACCGUCUCGCAGACGUGCGUGGCCCGCAUGCAGGCGCGGAAUGACUGCGAUCGCUGCCUCGGCUCCACCAAGUCCUUCGUGAAUGCCUACUCCAGCAGCGGCUGCAAUCAGUAUCUGUAUUGUGUCAAUGGUGCCCAAAAGGCUGUGGAGACCUGCCCCGACAAUUAUUACUUCAACGAGGAUGCCGGCAGCUGUGUCUACGAGACUGAACCCGCGUUCAAGUGCUGCAAUCCCGAUGGACUGUCCGGACAGCCGGCCACAACCGCAGCAAAAACAACAACUACAGCAACAACAACCACCACCACAGCAACAACAAAGACACCUGCAUAAAGGAUUUUGCUGAAGAAAUAUGUUUGCAAUUAAAGGAAAGCCCCUUGUGCCCCUUGAUCAUUCGA